CAUCUCCUAUAUCUUUGGUGGGUAAGUCGGACCCAUUUCACUGCGACACCUGCUUUAUUCUGUCCACCAUUAACAACGGACGGACCUGUCAGAAAAGAACGAAUGAGCAAAGACAGGUCUGGACCAGAACAUCCGUCUAUCGCUCACCAUGAAACAGGGUGGUCUCGUGGACGACACGGAGGAUGUGGAGUUGGAUUUCAGUACCGAGGAGGAGGAGCAGAGAGCGCUCAGGGGAGCAAAGAUCCGACACCCCCUCGCCUCCUUCCUGCACCUGUUCUUCCGAGUGGCUGCCAUAGUAACCUACCUGCUCUGUGAUUGGUUCACCAAGAGCUUUACUUCCUGCUUCAUUAUGAUCAUCACUUUGCUGUCCUGUGACUUCUGGUCCGUUAAGAAUGUGACAGGCAGGUUGUUGGUGGGUCUGCGAUGGUGGAACCAGAUCGACGAGGAUGGGAGGAGCCUCUGGGUGUUUGAGGACAGCAAGUCCUCUCCCCAGGCCGGUGGUACGGAGGUGGAGGCCAGGAUCUUCUGGUCGGGUCUGAUCAUCUGUCCUCUCAUCUGGACCGGCUUCUUCUUCACCACCCUGUUCUGCCUGAACACAGACUGGCUGGUGUUGGUGGUAGCCAGUAUCUCUCUCCAGGGGGCUAAUCUCUAUGGUUACCUGCGCUGCAAGAACGGCGGACAGGAAGUCCCGCCCACAUCCCCUUCCUCCUUCCUGCAGGGACAGCACUUCCUCCAGCGG